ACCGGAAGCGGAAACUGAGCCGUGGGCAAAAGCACCAGCAAGAUGGCGGAGUACAGCCAGCUCGGCCUGCUGGGUGCUCUUCUCCUCUUCACUGUUCUCACGCUUCGCGACGUCUACGUGGGCAAGUCGAGUUCUCAGCAGUUCGCCGCCGGGCCGGAGAUGGAACCCGGAAGGGCGGCCAAGGCGGCCGUGUACGUCGGCCCCGUGCUCAAGUUCCAGUACUGUAUCUCCUGAGGCUACAGCAAAGUGUUCCAGGAGUACUCCAGGGCCAUCGGGCAGCUGUAUCCCGACAUGCGCAUCGAGGGGCAAAACUACCCCCCCGGCCCCGUCAACAAGUUGUUGGGCAGCGCGGUGUCGUACCUGAAGCUGGCGUCCAUCUUGUUGAUCGUCAGUGCUCAGAACGUGUUCGCCAUGCUCGGUGUGGACACGCCCAGGCUUUGGACGUGGACCCAGGACAACAAGAUCUUCUCGUGUCUGAUGGCCUUCUUCCUGUGCAACAUGAUGGAGACGCACUUCCUGUCCACCGGAGCCUUUGAGGUCACGCUCAACGACGUUCCCAUCUGGUCCAAGCUGGAGUCGGGUUACGUCCCCAACAUCCAAGAGAUCUUCCGCAUCCUCCACAACCACCUCAACAUCAACCAGGUGGACGCCGCCGCCGGCUUCUCCUCGCCAUAGAAGGUGCGCCCUGGCACAGCGGGACCAUCGGCUGCCGGCAUCCGUGAAGGUGGGGUCUGAAAGCAAACUCGGCAGGACCCCGCUGGAAGUUUCCCGCCGACGGCCGAGUGCCGCCGCUGCCGCCUUGUGCUCGGCCGACCCGUUAACUGCAAUUUUCUGGAUUGACUGUGGAGGGGAAAAACAAACAAAUCAUGUUACAAGCGUUAGCCUCACGCUAGCUAGCAUUUCUUCUGACAAGGUCUCGGAGUCUUUCUUUCGCGUGCGUGGUGUCCCUCCUAACUCAUUGUCCUAACUUGGAGCACGUGUGCAUUUUUCGCAUGAGGCAAAACUACAAUCGGGCGUUUUGGUUGCGACCAGGAAGGAGUCAGGAGGCCACGAGUGCACAUCACAUGCCUGCUAGUUGUGUCACUGCUGCAUUUAUUUGUCUACUAGUAGGCCAAAAGUGGCACUCGUCGUGGGGAAAAAAAAACCAUGACUACUAAUGCAACUCUGUGAAUUAGUAGUUACUCGUGAGGUCAGAGAGCAAAGUACUUUAUGGACCUGAAGGCUAUACAAUAAACAUGAGUUGUGUCCUAAAAC